GACAUAGCUAAAUACGUCAGCUUCAAAAUUGUGUUCGGCUUUUUUUUAAUUUUGGAUAUUUUAAAAAUAAAGAGCAAUUUACUCAAACGAUUCAGAAAUAUAUUGCAGUCGUCAAAGAAAUCGCCAUAUCAGCGGAAUGACGAAAUAAACAAAAAUUUCCGAACACAAUUUUUUAGAACAACUAUUUUACUGUAUAAAAAUGAUAUUUUCAUAAAUAUAACUUAAAACCAGCAGGAGCAUAACUCAAAAGCGUAACGGUACCGCGAUUUAAGAUUUUCCUGAAUAAUUCUUACAUUAUUUUAUUGUUUGUUAAUUUUACAACUUUACCAUAUUUUACAUGCACUGGAGAACAUUUGGUGAAAAUUUGAUGAAAAUCGGACUGAUAUUGAGCGCGCAGUAGCGAUUUUCCGCAAAACGCCAAAAAGGGUGUCCUGUAACCUUAAUAUGAUUACAAAGAAGGCAGCAAAGCGUCUUUACAUUAUACGUACCUUAAAGAGAAGUGGUAUGACUGCCGAUGAUUUGUUAACAAUUUAUAUUGCACUUAUUCGUUCGGUUUUGGAGUACUGUUGCCCAGCCCAGUUUGGCACACUAACCUACCAUCUAUUCCUAUCUCAGCGAGCAAAUUGAACGUUUACAGAAGAGAGUUUUGAGAAUAAUCUUCCCAAGUUUAUCAUACAGAGAGCAGGGCCUUUUUUAAGGAUUUUCACUGGUGGGGGGGGCAUUUUUUGAAAAGGGACCUUUCUGUGAGAUAAUAUAUUAGAGGGGGAUAGCAAUGGCUGAAGGCCACGUUUGUGGCCAAUAUACCACGCAUGAAUGGGGGUGGGGAGGGGUCUGGGGCGUACUCCCCCAGAACAUUUUUGAAAUUUGAAUGCCGGAAAUGUCAUUUCCUGCAUUCUGAGCAUCCAAAUUUGCUCCAAAAUUUAUCCUAACUAUACUUGUAUUUGAAAUAAAAAAAGGAAAAAAACGCACAAAAAGUAAAAAAAAAUUAACCAUCGGCAUUUAUCAUUACUUAUUAGAGGAGGAUAGCAAUGGUCGCGUGCGUGGGGGUGUACUCCCCGGGAAAAUUUUUGAAAUUUGAAGCACGGAAAUGCCAUUUCCUGCAUUCUGAGCAUCCAAAUUUGCUCUAAAAUUUAUGCUAAUAGUUGUAUUUGAAAUAAAAGAAGGAAAAAAUGCACAAAAAGUAAAAAAGAAUAUUAACCGUAAUUUAUCAUUCCUUAUUGGAGGGAUAAUCCCCAGAAAAAUUUUGAAAUUUGUAACCCGGAAAUGCUAUUUCCUGCAUUCUGAGCAUCCAAAAAAUAAAAAUAUUAUUAACAGUAAUUUAUCAUUACUCAGUGGUGGAGAAACGUAACAAUUUAAAUCUAUUUGUUAAUCUUUGCUGGUUUGUUUGUAUAAUUUUAGGAAAAAGGGACUUUUUUUUGGGGGGGGGGAUGUGAUUUCGUGGGGGGCACAGGGGGGGACUGGGGGGGCAUUGUAUGUUAAAAAAGGCCCUGACAGAGAGGGCUUUGCCUGCUGCAGAUUGUGUACGGCUGGAUGAUAACAGACAACGUUUGUGCCUUAAUCUCUUCCAAAAGAUCAAUUCAAACGGCGACAAUAAACUCAAUCCGCUCAUACCUAAUUCUAGGCUCAGCGAACAUGGUCGGCCACUUCGUAACUCUGAUAGUCUUUCAAUUUCAAUGUAGUACGGACCGAUUUAAGCGCAGUUUUUUCCCAUCGCUAACUCAAUAUUCUAACAAUAUCUAGUCAACUAUAAUAGACGUUUAUUACUUGUCUUAAUAUUUAAUGUAUGUAAGACAAAUAGUAUAUAUACAAAUAGUCAAUAUUCUAACAAUAUCUAUAGUCAACUAUAAUAGUUCAUAACUUGUCUUAAAAUUUUAAUGUAUGUAGGACAAAUAGCAGUAUACUUAAAGUAUCCUAUUAUGUAAAUAUAAAGUAUUUCACCUUGGUGCAAUUUUAUAUAUUUAAUUAACCUUUAAUAAUAAUAAUAAUUUGGUAAGCGAAGAGCCACCCGCAUGUGGAUAUAGUUGCCGAUAAAUCGUUAUUUAUUAUUAUUAUAUUAUUAUUAUUAUUACAUGUUUUUCACAGCUUUGUUCUUAUGCUGGCUAUGUUUUUUCCUUGGAAGCUGGCUACAACCAGUAGCCUCAGGUCCCAAAGAUUUUAGCUUUCCAAGCUUCUUCUCAGUAUUCUUGCCGUCCCUAACAAUGCUGUUUUUUUGUAGAAGUUCUAUUCUUAUAUGUAUUCCCAAUUUCUCAAUCCACUUAUCCAGUUUAUUACUAACUGCUCCUAAGGCACCUACUAUUAUUGGAAUGACUUCUACUUUUUUCAUUGCCCAUAUUUUCCGAAUUUCCUUUUCAACUCCUCAUACUUUUCUACCUUCUCUGUUUCUUUUAUACCAAUUCUACAGUCCCCUGGAACUGCGAUGUCUAUGAUCUUGCAUUCCUUUUCCUUCUUUAAAACCACUACAAUAUCAGGUCUUCGACAUUCAAUCGCAUGAUCGCACUGUAUGUUAAAAUCCCAGAGAAUCUUUACAUUAUCUGAUUCAAUUACUCCGUUUGGUUGGUGUUCAUACCAUUUUUCAGCUUUCUCUAGUUGGUACAAACCACAUAGCUUCCAGUGUACAAUGCGAGCCACAUUGUCAUGUCUUCGUUUGUAUUCUUUUUGUGCUAGCUUCUUGCAUUCACUUAUCAAGUGUGUUAUAUGCUCUCCCUUUUCCCCACAAAGUCUACAGAGUGGAGACUCAACAGUUCUAUCUAUGUGAAACUUUACAUAAUUUGUCCUUAGAGCUUGCUCUUGUGCAGCACAAAGAAGUGCUUCAGUCUCAGGUUUCAAGUCUCCUUUCUUCAGCCACCACGUCUUCUCCCUAUCCACUUCUUUACCUAAAUCUCUGUUAUAUUGUCCAUACAUUUUCUUGUCAAUCCAAGCUUUCUCUAGCUCCUCUACUGCUUUCUUCUUAAAAUUUUCUUUUGUUUCGCAUCUUUCCGUUUCAAUCACACCUGUCUUUGCAACUUGUUGUAAAAGUGGUUCCACACUGUUCUUUACAUACCAUCCCAAACUGUUCUCCUCUGUACGAAUGCAUUCUUCACAACUGAUCAAACCUCUUCCGCCCUUUUAUCUCGGUAAAUAUAGUCGAUGAAUGUCACUUCUUGGGUGAAAAGCACCAUACAGUGUCAUCAGUUUACGUGUUUUGCGAUCCAUUGCAGCAAUUUCAUCUUUUGUCCAUUUCAAAACACCAGCUCCGUACCUCAGCAGCG